AUGUCAAGAAACUCGGAUCGACUACUUUCAAGCAAGGACACAAUCAUUAAGGAGGAUAUGCUCUACGAGAACAUCUCGUUUCCCGGGAUUUCUGAGGGUAUAGUGAUGCUGAAGCGACCUCAUGGAAAAUGGUCCAAAGUUUUAUGCUUCCUCGUUAUGUCGGCUAUCUUCUUCUCUAAAAGAUUCUUUGGUUAUUCCAAGAAAAAUUCAAAAUAUCUGUUGGAUUUAACAAGUAUGGACGUUUACGUCCCUCAAGAGAAGACCGAUGCAACUAAACUUCUUCACACACCGACACCUCACACCUUACUACUUGUGCCCUCCUCAAUCGGAUUACUGGACCCUGAUUCAAUUUUUGCGAUCGGUUGUAAAACACGUGAAUCCAUGCUUUCGUGGGCUGAAGGAUUGCGAUUUCAUAAGGUAAGGCAGAGUGGAGCCGUGGAUCCUAGAGCAUUUGAUUUCAAUACGUCAAGAGAUGAAAAUUCAGCCACUAUGCCCCGUUGGUCAACUUGCAGUUCUGAGGUCAAUCAAUCCUACUUCCAUAUCCAUGGUACUUUGGGGCUUGACGUGAAUUCCACUGGAAGUACGUUAGAAAAUAGCGUAGAAACUAGGUCGUUCUCUCCAAUUUCGAACAGUGGACGAUCGUUUUUGCAUGAGGAAAUGGUGGGUCGAUCGAAUGCCUAUGAACAGGAGAACGCAUUUGAGGGAAUUGUCUUUCAGUCGGGUGUUCCUCAUCUUCUAAUAGCAUUACCAGAUGGAAUCCACAAUUAUUUAAUAGAGGUGAACAAUGAUCGGGGUUUUGACGAAAAGCGCUAUCAACUACCCUCACGACCUGAGAGAUUCGCAACUCUGUCUGAUCUUUGUAGCUUCUACGAGAAACGACGUAAUCUCCUCACGGAAGACGAAGGUUCGAACGAAAUAAGUCCAUUAAGUCAUUGUCCUUCGAAUCGAGAUGACCCUGCCACAGCAUUCUAA